AUGGAUGGUUGGGUAAGCGAACGAUUGAUCAGAGCGAGUAUUGCGGCACCGUUCGAGCCCGAUCCACCAGUGAAGCUUUCUCCAUAUGAAGCCGACGAAAUGUUGAAGGAUGCUGCCACUAGCGGCGCCGACUGUCACCGUGUUGGCAGUGUUACUGAGCAGCUGAUGUCAGUCGCUAGGAAGAUGCAGGCCAAAGAUGUGCAGGAGGAGCAGAGGAAUGCUUCGAAAGAAGCACAAGAAAGGAGCUGGCUGUGGACGCCGCAGCCCGAAAGUGCGGAAUCUCCUUCUCCUGGAAUUGCUCAGCCACCACAAUCGGAGGAAGCGAAAACUGAUAACUCUUCCUGGGAUGAUGUGCAGAUAACUGGAACAAAGUGGCAAUGGGAAGUGGAGGAAGAUGAAGGGAAGAUGGUUUCUGAAACCGGCGGCGGCGACUGA